GCAACAAAUAUGGCGGUUCGUUUCAAGGAACCCGGACGUGACAGGAAUUAUCAACAGAUGAGCUAAAGGAGCGAAAACCUUCGCGAAGCGGCUGACAUUUUUCAUUUAUCGUUUGCGUAUCGUUUGGGUGGACGGCCCACUGAAGCCUCAAAGGGGAAAAUGCCGUCUCCAAAGGCUAAAAACGCCGGUCGCAGGGAUGGCAGCCCGGUGCUCGGCACUAACUUCGACUUCGUGUCGCUGACCAAGCCGCUGAACCGCUCCUCCCCGCCGCACCUCCUCCAGCGACAGGGCUCCGACCCGACCACCGCUCGCCUCCGGGCCUCGGAGAGCCCCUCGCGUCGCCGAGGCUCCGGCUCCUCCACGGGCUCGGCGAGCGGCCAGGGGCCACCGGAGGAAGACGGCAUACGCCUCAACCCGUCCCUCAUCGGCAUCUCGCUCAGCUCCCUGCUCGCCAUCGACCUGUGGCUGUCCAAGCGGCUCAGCGUGUGCGCCUGCGAGGACUCGUCGUGGGGCAGCGCGCGGCCCCUGAUGAAGCUGAUCGAGGUGUCCGGACACGGCAUCCCGUGGCUGGCAGGCGCUGCUUACUCCAUGUACAAGAGCGACAGCGCUGCGGGACAGGAAGUCAUGCUCAACCUGCUCCUGGGCCUUCUGCUGGACAUCAUCCUGGUCGGCUUGGUCAAAGCGGUGGUGCGUCGGCGUCGGCCGACUCAUAACCAGAUGGACAUGUUUGCCACCUUCUCCGUGGACCGCUACUCCUUCCCCUCCGGCCACGCCACCCGAGCCGCCAUGUGCGGCCGCUUUCUGCUGGCCCACCUGGUUCUGGCUGCGCCGCUCAGGGUCCUGGUCUUGCUGUGGGUGGGCCUGGUGGGGCUCAGCCGAGUGCUGCUGGGCAGGCACCAUGUUACCGAUGUGCUGUUUGGGUUUUGGAUGGGGUACUGCCAGUACAAACUGGUGGAGAUACUGUGGCUCUCUCCUCAAACUCUACAGAGCUUGCUGGGGCAUUUAGCUUAAAUUUAGAGACUGAGAGGAAGAGAGGGGGUGUGAAAUGGUUUUGCUUUAGGGGCCUCGUCACAUUUUUUAUUUUAAUUUCUCUGCUCUAAAAUUGUUUUCAUUGGGGUAGACUCAGGAGAAGAGUCCCCCAAAGUCCUGCUUUGUGCUACUUUACAGACAUUCAGUCUGUUUCUUACCUUUCAUUUGGGUUUGUAGAUAGGAAGCAUCUACUAAACAUUAUGAAACAAAUCUAAACCUGCGCAGGUCCAUCUGAUGUUGCUAAUAUGUUUACAGUCAGGAGAGACAUGGGUUGAGUCUUCUGAGGGGCCCUGAAGCCGGAUGAGCAACUCAAAUCAUCAAGACGGGUCUCACAGACGCUCCGUCACGUUCAGAUCUUUGGAGGUUGGCAUUCGGGUCCUCUGGGUCCAGAUAAAUGUCAGGAUCCAGAUAUCUCUGCAGGUCAGCGUCAGCGUUAAUCACAAUGUUGUUGCUGAGUAGUUCAAGGGUUUUAAGACCAAAUUGGAGGAGACUCUGUUUACCACUUUAGCUAACUCAACUUUCAACCUACCUGUUCAUCAGGUUACACAUGGGGACUAAAUACAUUUCAUGGACCAAGUUGUGCUUAUGUCUGUAGAAAAAUCACACGAUGAAGAUAGUAUUUGUUAUUUUCCAUUAGUUAAUGCAGAGGCAAGCAGACAAAAGACGUAGUUUUGAGUUCUGAUCCAUAAGAUAUGCUAAAAAAACAAAACUAAGGCAUGUUUAGAUGUUUUUCUACUACUGUGGAAGAGUCACUGUUGUUACAGUAAGAUUUGUAAAGUUGUUUCAAACAUGUGGGUUGGGUGCACCAUGUGAUACAUUACCAGGGGUUCAUCAGUAAAAACAGCAGGUGUCCUCGUCCUCCUUAAUCUCAGCACACAUAGAUGAUCAACUCAUAUAUUCAGCCCGUCAACCAAAUUAGCUUCUUAUAAUCAAUAUUGUCAUCAAGUUUGCGCUUUUUCUGACUGAAUAUGAAUUAUUGUAUCUGUGGAUUUUGCUUCACCCAGCAGCAGCAAUCAUAACGUUCUGGUUCACUAAGCCAUAUUAAUAUCAGCGGGAACAUGUGUAAGUUUUUAAAUCUUCUACUUGAUAUACUCUAGCACUUACAAUCAAUCAGUCAUCUGUCACAGUGCCUCCUUUGGGUGUCAGUUUUUCUUUUGUUUUUUGUUUUUUCACAUGAUAUUUCCUUUUUAAGUACUGUUUUUAAUAAUUUAUGACUAAUGAGGGACAAAUUUGCAUCUGAAUUUCCAACAUUUGAAGAAAACCUCUGAAGAACAUUUAUUUAGAUAAAAGCUAAACUUGUUUUUAAGGACUCCUAACCCUCUCAGGCUCAAAUUACUUGCAAAGACUGGCUAAGUUGUUGCAAAUCUGCAACACCUGCCUGGAGAGGGUUAAAAGAAACAUUUGCAAGAAUAAUAAAAAAAAAAAAACUUAAGAGAAUUGUAAACUGUGAUGUAAAAAUUUCUGAGACUAUGUAAGCAUAUUGUUUAAGUAGUCAGCUAGCGCAGCUAGCUUUCCACUCUGCACGGAGAACAGUUUCAGGCUUCCUGCACAGUAAAGGACAUGAUGCAUCCUUAUGGCAACAUAUUCACUGAUCAAUAAUUUUACAGAACAUCUUUAGCUGUAGAGAAACUAAAUUCAAACAUCAUAGAUGUGCUGCUUUAUUAUCAUCGUUCAAAUCAACAGAACAAAUAUAUGCUUUGGUGAAAAACCAACAGAAGUCAGACAAAGGUUGAGGGUUCAGUGAAGAUGCGCUAGUUUCCUUUUUUCAUAUCAAAACUAGCAGAAAAUGAACUGAUUCCUCUACUGCAGGAGUGUCGAGCCUACGCUCCCAGUUCACGCUGCAAAAACAAUCCUUGGAAGGUAUCGAGAACUUCGUUUUGUGCUCUAAUGAGCCGGUUAUGGCCUGAAUGAUCAUAGAGGUCAGCAGGUGGUGUGCAGUUUUGUAACUUUCUUUACCACGUAGAGUAAUAAAAAUGUAAACAUAUCUGCCUGCCUGUGCAGCAUGCCAAAAAGAAUUAGCCUGACUAAGAACAUUUUCCAGCGCAUCAUAUCUUCGCUGGAGCUGAUGUAUGGUAUAUAGUGUCAAGCAUAUUUUCAUGACUGUGACAAAAAACUGAGCUAAAUCUUAUUUCUCUUCUGCAAACUAGCAAAAGUUGCCUUUCUUGUGAAUGUGCUGCUGAUCUUUGUUUUGAAAGCCCUCAUCCCUUCUUUCUAAUAUCUCUGAAGGCAAUAACCUGCAAAUGGGCCAGACUGACUUCCAGGUGUCUCAAUACGAUGAGUCUUCCUUUAGUCUUAAGCUAUUAUUUCAGUGUUUGAGUGUGAACCCUUAUUAGUUCAUUUUUAUCGUCAUUCAUAUCACUGCACUUAAUUUUCACUUACAAAAGGGCAUUUCUGCAAAUUGUUGAUGCGUUGUAGCGACGCAAUCGGUGGAGAUGACGCAACAAUUAUGUGCGUUCAGUGGCAACGCGGGGUCACGGAGGCUGAUGACCCCGGUUUGAGGUGUGUGAAGCUCUGGUUAGCCGUAGUGGCUCUUUGCUGGUUGGUUAGAGCCAGAUCCAGACUGUGUCCUCUUCUGCAAUAUCGGACCAACGGUCUUCCCGGAACAUGGCGACUUUCCAGAUUUCAGCAUCCUUUGCUGUUGCAAAUCACAAUAUGCUGAAUAGCACAUUUAUGACCAAGUUUGUUUUACUACUGUGAAGAGUAUGAAUAGACUUUAACCUAAGAGAAGCAAAGUAAAAAAUAAAAAAAAAUAAGUUGCUACAUUGUUAAUGUGCGAGUGGUGGAUAGAUUUUGCACUCAUUGGCUGUUUUCGGUUUUGCUCACUGAAAACCGAUAUACUGUAUUGAAGUUUUAUCUUGAAGAGUUUAGCUAUAUGUGAGUGUGAUUGCAUUGUGUCGUGUCGGUACAUUUGCUUCGGCUGUUAAAUAUGUUAAAGAUUUUUAAUUAAAUGGGGAACGCAACUGAAA